CUCAGUCAUCAUUUAGUCGUGGACACGGAAAGCUGAAAGCUCCUAUUUUAGUUAAAAACCGAAUAAAAUUAUGGCGAAAUCGUUAUUUCUGCUCUGCUUACAUGUCUUGAUCUUGAUCGACAUGAUUCAGGGCGACGGCAUGAUUGAGGUCUUUAAAUGGAAACAAAUGGAUUAUUACAAUCGCGGGGAUAAGCGCCUUCAUCGAAUGCCUGAUCCAUCAGCACCAGUUGUGUUCCCAGGUCGUUAUGGCCGUGAAAACCAUUUUCGUGGAAAACGUGAUGUGCUCACUUCACGCGACACACCUGCUGGAAUCAUGUCACGGAGUAAUAUGGCCGCAACCGAGAAUGUAGGUCCAUAUGUGGCCUACAAUAAUGUGCCCAUGGGUGUAACCCACUUUAGAGGUCGCCUAUUCGUCACCAUGCCGCGCAGGCGGGUGGGAAUACCAUCGACCUUGAAUUUCAUUGAUAUGCGAAGCGAUGGCAAACAGCGCAGUCCCAAGCUUCGCGCCUAUCCGGACUUCGAGUUGAACCAGUUUAAUGCAAGCGAAACAAAUUUGGUCUCUGUCUAUCGCACCACAGUGGAUGCGUGCCAAAGAUUGUGGUUCAUUGACACUGGCAUGUUGGAGUAUCCAAACAAUCGUCAGCAAAUCAGACGGCCAAGCAUUUGGAUUGUUGACCUUGCAACUGAUCGUGUGCGUAAGCGGUACGACAUCCCCGAGAGCAUUGUGGAAACGGGACGUGGUCUGGCCAGCUUAACUAUUGAUGUCGGCGACAGGCAUCAAUGCCAAAAGGCUUAUGCUUAUAUACCUGAUCUGGUCAACAGUCGUCUGUAUGUGUACAGCUUGGAGGAGGAUCAUAUGUGGGUCUUUCAACACAACUAUUUCAACUUUGAUCCAUUGGCUGGAGAUUUGCAUAUCGGUGGUCAGACAUUUCGUUGGGAUGAUGGUAUCUUUUCCACCACGCUCGGACCGAAACAGAGCGACGGCAGUCAUGAUGUUUACUUCCAUGCCAUGGCCAGCAACAACGAGUUCGUAGUCUCUAAUCGAGUGCUGCAAAAAGAGUCGAAUGCAGCGCGUUCGGAUCAUGGCAACGAUUUCCGUGUGUUGGGCAGUCGAGGUGUGAAUAAACAGUGUACAAUGCACGAUUACGAUCCGCGGACCGGCGUCGUGUUCUAUGCUGAGAUUCAGACAAAUGGCGUUGGUUGCUGGAAGUCCAGCCAGCCCUUCUCGGCAGCUAGCCACGGCAUUGUUGCUUCCGAUCCUCAGAAUAUGAUCUAUCCCAGUGAUCUAACGAUCGAUGAGGAUGGCGUUAUUUGGGUAAUGUCAAACUCAAUGCCCAUUUUCAUUUAUUCGCAGCUGGAUCCGAACGCAUAUAAUUUCCGCAUCUGGAAGCAGGAUGUUUACGAGGCCAAACACAACACGGUCUGCGAGUAGGGAUUUAUGUAUAUGAAAUUGUUUUAAUGGAGUUUACAUAAUGACGUUAUAUGUGUAUGUUUUAAUAAUGUAAUAUAAUAAUAUAUGUAUAUGGAAAAUAUUAACACAAAAUUAUAUGUAUAUUUAAAACAAAUCAAAAAGCAUUUACAAAUGUACCUUUUUUAAAAAUUGCCUAAAAUUUGAGUACUCAGUUUAUCACAUCUUCAAGUUACAUAGAUGUUUUUUUGUCUUUUUCACAUGAAAACAAAUAAAAAACACAAAUACAGAAACAAAAUCAGAGGCACUCUAAUAUUGCAUAAGGAUACUAAGUUGCACAGGUUUAUAAUACGUGUGUGUGUGUGUGUAUAUAUGUAUAUUCAAUUUAAUUUACGAAUAAAAUAUAUGUUUGUUUGAGAAUCGAGAAUACUAUAAAAAGAUUAUAAACAUUUGAUUCCGUUUUUUUUUCUUUUGUAAAUUUUCAUAAUUUCCUUUCUAUCAUAAUAUAUUCGAACAAUUUUGACGUGUAUAUAUGUAUCUUCUCAAAGUGACUGCUCUACACCGUUAUAUCUCUAUAUAACUAGUUAUAUAAAAUUUGCAAAAAUAUAUAUAUGUUUUGUUCGCUUCCAUACGCUUUUUGCGCUCCGCUUCAUUUGCUCGAAGCUUUCUCUCUCUUUUUCUAUCUGUCUAUAAGUAUUUAGUAUAUGAUUACUACAUAUGUAUGUAUAAAAGAUGACUAUAUAGCUUUCUGUCGCUUAAGUAAACAUGCAAUUUGACUUGAAAUUGGAAUGGUUAUCUGGCCCA